AAUACCAGUAUUUGCAAUGUUCUAAUGGAUUGAAUUCAUCUUAGAAGGUGCACAGUUGUGUUUGCAUUGUACUGGUCAGAGGAGAUUAGGACUAAGCAUGGGGGCUCCAAAACAGAGGUGGACAUCUGAGGAAGAGGCUGCUCUUAGAGCUGGAAUAGCAAGGCAUGGAGUUGGAAAAUGGCGCACAAUAUUGAAAGACCCAGAAUUUAGUUCCACCUUAUGCUAUCGCUCAAAUGUUGACCUCAAGGACAAAUGGCGCAACAUGAAUGUAAUUGUCAGUACAUCGAGUUCUCGUGACAAGGGAAAGACUGCAGUGAGGAAAACACGAACUACUCCCAAGAAUAACGAUCACACCGUGGUAAUCAGCACAGCAGUUACUUCUGAUAUUGAUGACGAGAUUGUUGAUGAAAAGCCUAUAGCAGCAGUGCCUAGUGAAGCACAGAAUACAUCAAAUCCAAAGAAAUCUCACUCGAGACUAGAUAAUAUUAUAAUGGAGGCUAUAAAGAGCUUAAAUGAGCCUACGGGGUCUCACAGAACUACUAUUGCUAAUUACAUAGAGGAGCAAUAUUGGCCACCUAGUGAUUUUGAUCACUUACUAUCUGCAAAACUGAAGGACUUGGCCACCAGUGGAAAAUUGAUAAAGGUGAAUCGCAAGUACAGGAUAGCACCUAGCUCGCCCAAUUCAGAGGGCCGAAGCCCCAAAAUGCUUUUGUUGGAAGACGUGCAAAGAGAGCCUGUCAAAAUAGGGAGCAAUGAUAGUAAAAUCCUUACGAGAUCUCAAGUUGAUGCCGAAUUGGCACGUAUGGCGACAAUGACUGGUGAGGAAGCUUCAGCAGCAGCUGCUCGUGCAGUUGCUGAAGCAGAGGCUAUCAUGGCAGAAGCUGAAGCAGCAGCAAGAGAAGCAGAAGCUGCAGAAGCAGAAGCCCAAGCUGCACAAGCCUUUGCUGAAGCAGCGUUUUUGACACUGAAGAAUAGAAACACUGCAAAUUUGAUGGCCCAAGCUUGAUGCUACUUGGAGCUGUUCGGGAGCAGCGUCACCGCAGAUGCCAGCUCCUACCUAUGUACAAUUGUACAUUUGUACUACUCCAUGAUGAGUACUGUUGUUGGGUUAAAAGCUGCUGUCUCGGUGGUUGUAUCACCCUCUGUUACUGGGAGAGCCAUGUGAGCUUCAACGCAUGAUCACCGGCAACGAUGGCCCUCCACUGUCCUGAACACGCUAAACUCUUUGCCAAUGUCAAGUGUUCCGCUGACGAA